CACUGGCCAGAUACAAAUAUAUUUUUCCUCGAAUCCUUUGCAGGACUUAUGGUAUUUGAAUAGCAUAAAUGCCGCCGUGCCGGGCUGCACCAUCGUAGGAAAGCCACGGGCAUAACAUAAACUAGAAGAGAGGUCAGAGAAGAAAGGAGGAGGAAAAAACGAUAGCGAAAGAAAAUGACGAGCUCUUCUUCUUCCUUCCCCUUCUUACCACUAGUUGUUUCUCUGGUGGUGGUCAUGAUCUCGUUGUCCACCGCCGGAGCAAGCGGAGGCCACCGCGAACAGGGGAGCUGGGCCGCGGUGAAACCCGGCGGAUGCCGAGGGUCGGAGUGCAUCACGGGGGAGGGCGAGUUCGACGUGGAUUCGGAGAUCAAGAGGCGCAAGUUGUAUUCGGGGUACUACAUCUGUUACGAAGCGCUGCAGAGCGACUUCGUGCCGUGCUCGCAAAGGGGUCAGUCCUAUUAUAACUGCGACGAGGGCGCUGAUGCUAACCCCUACUCCCGUAGUUGCAAUGCCAUUACCCAAUGCCGCUCCGACUACGGUUAUUAUUAUUAAGUCAACGGUUUAAUGCCCUCUUUUUGGUUCAAAAUGUUUUUCGGUUUUUUUUUUUUUUUUUUUAAGUCCUCGGGGUUUUCCCUGUAUUUCUCUUCUACUUGCAGCAAAUAAGCCAGCAAUGUAAUGAGUUGAAUUGAUUCAACGAUUGUCCUUUUAUAGAUUUGCAAUUGUGAUAGCCAAAAAAAUGUGGCUUUUGUGAACC